AUGGGUGCACAAUCGUCAUCAACUGCUUCAAAUUCUGGCUUUAACGAUAAGAUCAAACCUCCGACAGAUGCUCAACAUGCGGGAGUUAAAGACUCAAUUGAUCAAUGUCCUCAUUUUCAACAACACCAAAAACAAUCGGCAACUGAACAAAAAACGUAUCCAAGCGAAUGUCCCAUGUCAGGAUCAACAGGAAAUAAUAAUGAUGUCAACCCUUUAAACAUGAUGCCACCAGCCAAUCAAAUGCCUGCACCUGAUCAACCGUUUCCGCUCUCAACUAACCGAGUGACUUCGAACAUCCCAAAAGUAUCUGAUAAAGAUGAAAAUUGGGUUUAUCCAUCACCACAAAUGUUUUGGAAUGCAAUGUUACGAAAAGGUUGGCGUUGGCAAGAUGAUGCUCUCGCGGCGGCUGAUAUGGAGAAUAUUGUUCGAAUGCAUAACAUCAAUAAUGAACUUGCUUGGAUGGAAGUAUUAAAAUGGGAAGCGUUACAUGCAAAUGAAUGUAUGACUCCUCGUUUGGCCUCAUUCGGUGGCAAAGCAAAAGAUUUUUCGCCGCGUGCACGAAUCCGAAGUUGGAUGGGCUAUCAAUUACCAUUCGAUCGACAUGAUUGGAUCGUCGAUCGAUGUGGAAAACGUGUGCGAUAUAUUAUCGAUUAUUAUGAUUCGGAGAAACUUGAUCAUGAUUCAUUAACAUUUACAUUAUUGGAUGUUCGACCGGCGUUUGAUUCCUUCAGUGCAGUAUGGGAUCGUACACGUGCAGCAUGGUGGCGCUGGACGGUGCGGGAUAGCUACGAUACAGCCGAAGCAAAAACACGUGAUGAAUUGAUUAAAACAGCAAAACGUGAACUCGACAAUAAAAGAGAACCAUUAAGAGCAUCCUAA